AAGUAAACAAUCUCUACCAUGAAAUAUCAAUCCUGUUACGUAGUUGAACUAACGCACACAUCCAACUAACUAACUAAACCCUCUCUCUCUAUGUAUUUAUUUAAUUUCAGCACAUUAAGUGACCCACCCACAUAUAUCUUACGUCUGGGCUUUAUUUCUCCACAAGUGCAUGUAUAUAUCACCGACUCAUUUCUCCUCCCUUUAUCAACCAAAGUUGCCUAGCUUUAUUUCAUCUCUUUAAACACCUCCCCAACCUCCGCCUCGCGUUAUUUCGGUUCGGUUCGAUUAGUAUUUAAGUGGAAAUUAUCAAAAUAUGUUGGUGACUGCUAGGGAUGGCGAGGAGAAACCUCAAGGUGAUGCGAGCGGGGAGUCUAUUUUAAGCGGGUUCGAGUCGUCUUGCGGGUCUUCUAGCGACGAAGCGUUCGAUCAAGAGGAAUUUAUAGCGGAGUUAACUCGUCGAAUGGCGGAAAAUAUGUUACAAGAAGACGAGGAAAAAUUAGCGAUUUCUCAACCGAAACCUUCUCAAUUUCAUCUGCAAAACAUUAAGCAGGGUAAGAAAUUUAGGCAGCAGAUGAAGGACUAUGGAAAUGGCAGCAACAGAGCUAAGUUUCUGAGCAGUACUUUACAAAACGGGUCGGGUAUGAAGGUGGUGUUUCUUGGACAAACCGGGUUGAAAAACGGGUCAUCAGGUGGGACAGGAGUUUUCAUCCCACAUGCAACCAAUAAUCUACCAGAUCCCCAGACCCGCAAAAAACCAGGACGAUGUCCAACGGUACUGGUUCCGGAAAGAGUGUUACACACUCUAAAGCAACAUUUUGAGAAAAGGACUAGUAACCAGGCGCAUCCAAAUGGUGUAUUUCACACGAAUCAAAAUCAGAGAGUUGCCAACAAUAAUGUUAGCAAUUAUCAGGAUCUGCAGUUGCCUCAAGAAUGGACUUACUGACAGGAAUACUACAAGACAAGUGUUGAUCCUUUCAGAAGAAUGUAUAAAGUGUUUAUAAUUUGAAUAAUGAUGUGGCGAUUUGAAUAUUGUUUUCUUUACUUUGUUUUUUGUAAAGAAAAGUUUCGAUUGAUUAAAGGAAUGAAUAAUGAGCUUUCUUUGCUCUUUUGCAACUGAA